UGUAAAUUCUAUAUAUAACACCCUUUGCUUGACACUUUUCUAUCAUCUUUUGCAAUUUAUCAAAUCAGUAUUACACUUUUCUUUUAUCUCCACGCAAGCUCAAAUCUCAAUUUUCCUGCCUUUCGAGGAUUUGGAAACAAAUUCAAUUAAUGGCUAGUUUGACGCUAACCGGAUUGUUAAAAGAAGUCGCCGGAAAAUUCCCUUCCCGGCGAGCGAUCUCUGUCUCCGACAAGUUCAAUAUCUCUCAUGCACGGCUCCGUGAACUCAUCGAAUGUGCCGCUUCUCGCCUCCUCGCCGCCGGCGUGAAGCCAGGGGACGUCGUCGCCCUCACCUUCCCCAAUACCGUCGAGUUUGUAAUUAUGUUUUUGGCUGUAAUUCGUGUCCGAGCCACAGCGGCGCCACUCAACUCGGCCUACACUCUUGACGAGUUUGAGUUCUACUUAUCAGACUCGGAAUCAAAAAUUCUAAUAACCUUAAAAGAAGGCAACAAGCCGGCUGAAGCUGCGGCUUCGAAGCUGAACAUCCCUCACAUUACAGCCACACUGUCCGAUGCCAACUCGGAACUCACCCUCUCCUCAACUCAGCCUCGGUCAAAGCCUGAUUCAGUCUCUAAAAUCAUUAAUGACCAAUCUGACGUGGUACUUUUCCUGCAUACUUCCGGAACCACUAGCCGACCCAAAGGCGUCCCGUUAACUCAGCACAAUUUGUACUCUUCCGUUCAAAAUAUUAAAUCCGUGUAUAAACUCACCGAGUCAGACUCGACAGUGAUCGUGUUACCGUUAUUUCACGUGCAUGGGUUGUUGGCAGGGUUAUUGAGCUCGCUAGGAGCUGGAGGUUCGGUGGCUCUCCCAGCCGCUGGCCGAUUCUCAGCUUCAACAUUUUGGUCGGACAUGAAAAAGUACAAUGCCACGUGGUACACUGCCGUUCCUACCAUACAUCAAAUCAUCCUAGACCGCCACCUCAGCAGCGGUGAAACUGACUACCCGAAGUUGCGGUUCAUUCGGAGCUGCAGCGCAUCAUUGGCGCCUGCCAUAUUAGCUCGGCUUGAGGAGGCAUUCGGCGCACCUGUUUUGGAGGCUUAUGCAAUGACAGAGGCAAGCCACUUGAUGGCUUCGAAUCCAUUGCCGGAGGAUAACCCACAUAAGCCAGGGUCAGUUGGAAAACCUGUGGGUCAAGAGAUGGCGAUAUUGGAUGAGAAUGGGGUGCAACAAGAGGCUAAUAUCAAUGGGGAGGUUUGUAUUAGAGGUCCAAACGUGACUAAGGGGUACAAGAACAACCCGGAGGCUAAUAAAUCCGCUUUCCAAUUCGGGUGGUUCCACACUGGAGAUAUUGGGUUCUUUGAUUCCGAUGGGUAUUUGCAUCUUGUUGGUCGAAUCAAGGAGUUGAUCAACCGUGGAGGGGAGAAGAUUUCACCAAUUGAAGUGGAUGCCAUCCUUUUAUCUCAUCCGGACAUUGCUCAAGCUGUUGCAUUUGGAGUCCCUGAUGAAAAAUACGGUGAAGAGAUAAACUGCGCUGUUAUCCCUCGAGAAGGAUCGAACAUCAAUGAGGCUGAGGUAUCAAUAUUUUGCAAGAAAAAUCUUGCAGCGUUCAAGGUUCCAAAAAGGAUUUUCAUCGCCAACUCCCUUCCGAAAACUGCCACUGGGAAAAUCCAGCGACGUAUUGUAGCUGAGCACUUCCUUGCACAAAUUUCUACAGCCAAAGUCCCAAAAUUUGGAGCUUAAAAAGCACUGCCCUAUAAUCAUACUUCGUAUUGCAUCAACUGCAAGGGGAAAUAAGUGCAAAAGUUUUCCUUUGAUAGCCAGACUUUCAAAUUCCAGCAGCGUGGAUAAAUUUGGCAAGAAUACUAUAAGAGCACUGUCAUUUUUAGUGUAUAUAUGCAACAUUAUUUCUCCGCCUGGUUUUCAUUUUAGUGUCUAAGCUUCUGAUGCAUACACUAUACACUUCAUUGUUGUUAUGAGACAAUGUGACCUUGUUUGGCUUA